ACAAAAAUGGCGAUUGUUUGGAGAAAUAUGUAAAUUUCGAUCAAAGAUUUCGGUCGAAAUUACUGCUUUGGAGUAAAGGAAUAAGUCAGAUUCCCAACCAGAAGAAAGAAUGGUGAUCAUAACUUCGUAAGAAACAUGUCUCUGUUGGCAAGAGGGGCAUAUCUGUGUGAUCAGGGUUGAGUUUCUUCUACAUUGGCGGCGUUCUAAUGAAGACCUGAAACAGCUGUUUUGUCGCUUUAUUACUUCUUGAUCAUUGUGACCGCUGAAAGGAGAAAGAAGGAGAAUGUCGAGGCAUCUCAAGUCGACACGGGCCGAUCAAUGUAAGUUCUAAGGAUCUGCGCUCUUCAGCAGUCAUGAGACUAAGACAUUGUGGGGUAUGAAAAUAUAAUAAUUAUUUGAAUGCUCAUUUGGCUUUUUAAUACAGUAAACAACCGCAUAUAAGCACAUAUAGAUUAGGAACAUGAGGCUGAAAGUUGGCCAUUAAGGCACCAUGUAUACAGUGCAUAUAUAAGAGCCAAUUCAGCUUGAUAAGUAAAACAUGUUCAUAUAUAAACGAAAUUGGAUGCCAGAAUAAGGAACCAAUGCGAUACAGCAGGAGAGGGGCUACUAGUCUGGAGAGCCAAGGAUGGAGAGGUGACCGGCUAUUUCGCUUACACAUCAUUUUGCCAAUGUCCCAUUUUCGCAAACGUUUCAAGUCAUUUUGCUCACAAAACAAAACCAGGGCAAAGCAAGUUUAUAUCACAUGUUUUGGUUAUGACAUGAAAAGGUACAAUUCAGAUGUGUACACCUUCAAUUGGUGAUAAAAUUAGUUGAUAUGCUUUGCCCUAAAGGGCCUUUCCAACAUUUUACAGACUUAAAAAGUGUUAAAUAAAGCUUUCUCUCCCCAAUCUCCUUCGUGUAAAUGUAGUGCUGCUGUUCAAGCUACCUGUAGAAAACAACCAACACCCCAACUUUAAAUGGAGGGGUACAGUAGGGGGAGGGGUGUGGAUUGUUUUGUUCUCUAAAGUUACCCUAUCUGAGUACGAUUUCUCAACAAUUUUGGUGCUGAUUGUUGCUAAUUAGCCAUUAUCAGGCAGGAGAAGUUAGGGUGUAAAAUAUUUAAGGUAUUGCUCAAGAGCUAAUGUAAGCUUGAGCAUUCACUCAUCACAUACUUCAUUAAGCUUUAGUCUAAUAUUAUUAAAAUCCCCUUUGCUCAACCAUUCAGCCAGUCCAGGGGCUUUAUAAUAAUCAUAGACCUAGUAAAUAUUUCUCAGUUUCAACGUGCUACAUGUACUUGAGAAAAUUGAUUGUUCUUUAAGUAGUGAUUAAGAUUUUCUAAUUUUUGUGACAUAUCAAUAAUAUUAUUGACACUGCUUGCUAACUGAUUUUUAAAUCUGUGAUAGUUAAUGCCAAAGUACAUGGUCUGAAGGAGAUAUUUAACCGACUGGACAGACGAACAUAUCCAUUACCAACAGGAAACGAUGUUGCCAACUACUUAAAAUGGUUUCAGCAUACAUUGCAAAGGUAUUUCAGUCUUCAGUUGUUAAUAUUGGGCGGAAAUAUUUAUUUCUUGAUGGGAGUGAUCUAUAUGUUAAAUAUCAUUACUCAAGAAUUGUUUGGAUUUAGUUCUUUUGUGGUUGGAGGGAAACAUUUUCUUUAAAUGUAUUAUUAGCUCUUAUAAUACAGGUACAUCUUAACAGGAAAGAGUCCAUACCAAAAAAAAAUGUUUUUUCAAAAAAAUAUACAGUCAACCAUGCUUUAGGGACAUCAGCUUAAUAUGGACACCUCUUUAUUACCCACAGUUUGCUUUGUCCCUUAGGAAAAAAGCCCUCACAUUUUUUCUAAAUUUAACCUGCAUAAUAUGGACAUUCUGCUAAUACAGACAGACACUUCCUAUGAUGCCAAAAUCACUUUUCAUUUGAUAUCAUAUUAAUUCAAACAAACAGGGGUUUGACUGUACCUUUUGAUAAAUUUCAGUUUUUUUUCAAAAUAUGAGAACAUUGAUUGCCCUCAGUUUCCAUAUUAAUGGGGUUUGACUGUACCUUUUGAUAAAUCCUUUCAAAAUAUAGCAGAUUCUAGCAAAUUUACCGUCAUAUACAUCGUCAGUAAAUUUAUCUGAUGCUUAACACUCGUUGGACAACCCCAUGAGUCAGGAGUGGUCAGAAAGUUUAAAGUAGGCAGAUUUUUGUUGAAAUAGGUGGUUGACUUUGUUAUCUUUUGCUAAAAAAUCAGAUGAGUAGCUCAGCAAAGUAGGUGCUGCUUUUCAUCUUUUUCUGGCAGUGUUUGACAACCUUGAAAACAAGGUUGUACCUUUUGUUACCUGAUAAUUAUUUUAUGCUGUAUAUAUUGGGCAGGGGGGGGGGAUAAGUACUCUCUAUAAUGGCCUAUACAGGGAGUCUCCACCCUCCAAUGGAGUACCAUUUCCAGGCUUCAGGUAUAUGAAAGGGUAGGGAUUUCACUAGUUGAUGUGUAUAAAAGGGUUGGGAAAUGUUUUUUAUUGGUCUGUAAAAAGGCCCAAAAGGGCUUAAAGAAGCAUUUUAUGGCUCUGAAAAAGUUGUGAUUUUAUUCAUACAUAAAAGACAGUGCAUUUACAGCAGUUAAAAUGGAUGCAAUAUUCUAGGUAUGUGGAAGGGGUAUCAUUUGUUAAUAAAAGGUAAGAAAGGAGUACCUUUUUUUCAAAUAUGACAGCUGCUAAUAUCAUUUUAAUAAUAUUAUUGUACUUCAGUUUUUAUCAAUGACUGUUAUUUCCGAAUCUAUAGUUUAGUGUUAGGAAAUAAAAACCAUUAGUCAACUCGGCAUUUUGUUAUAAACUUUAUUGUUUUGUAGAUCCAUUGUGUUGCAUGUAAAAUAAUAAAUGGUAUUUGUUUUUGAUAUUAGUUUGGUAAAAGAAACACGCCCAGUGUUAACAGAAGACAGACAGUCAUUUGAUCGGCAGCAAUAUCCUAUCAUGGAUUACACUGGAUUGUAUAAAGCUCUUGGAAAAAUUGUUAAUGUUGUUCCUGUUGUGGAAAUUGGAAUUGAAGGUACUUAAUAGAAAAGCAAAAUGUACUGGCAGGCAUAUCUGUGUUGGUUGUUAAUUUUAAACUUGUAGGAAGUAACAGCUAGGCCUUGUUCAUAAUGCCUUUGUUUCUCCACUAACAUGCUUCACCUUAAUGGCCCAUUUUUUCCACUGAAAUGCUUGGUCACCCCUGAAAAAGUCACUGAAAUGCUUGAUGAUGCCCAUCAUAGAGAGACCUUUAAAAUCUAUUAAUUCUGAAUGUUUUAAGGGGAUUUAAGGCUAACAAAAAUAUAUAAGGGGUAUGACAACAAGGUACUGUAAAAUUCGGAAAAGGAGCCGCUCCAUGUAUAAGCCCCUCCAAAUAUAAGCCCUUCAAACUCGUAAGGCAAAAAAUCCUCCGUUAAAUCGCUCCUCCAAAUAUAAGCCCACUGGGGGCUUGUACUUGGAAAUUGUCCUCAAACGCAAAGUAAAACAAACCAAAAACGGUAAAUUUCCUUCCAACUAUAAGGUUAGCCCAAUCGAUUUUGAAACGCACAUUUCCCUCUGUAGAUAAGCCCCUCCGAGUAUAAGCCUCUCAAAAAGGGCCUUUGAAAAAUAUAAGCCUCGGGGCUUAUUUUCGGAAUUUUACGGUAUGCAAGUAAAUAGGUUUAAUACAGCAAAAAAUGCUCAUCUACAUGGCUAUAUUAAGGUGAAAUUUAAAUAUAAUAUAUACAUAUGUAAUUUUAAUUUAGAGUUAAAUUGUCAUUUCUCUUAAAAAAAUGUUACAAUUUUCAUUUUCCUUUAGAAGAAAAACUAAUUUUUUGGAAAAAUGCCACUAAAAUGCUCGAAUAAUGCUUAAUGCAUUUGCCUCACUAAAAUGCUGAAAGAAAUUAAUGCUAACAUAAUGUACAAAGGCCUUAAAGCAACAGCUUACUAUUUUUUUUCUUUUUUGUCAGCGUUUGCCGAUAGUGUUUUGUCAAUCAUGGCUUCAUUGGUCCCAUUCUUGAAAAAGGAAGACCUCAAUUCCAUGCCUCUUGGCUUAGCAAUGACAUUAUCCAUAUGGCCACUGUCAACACAUAAUAACAUCAUAAAACUGCUUGCUGGUUACAUCCUUCCAGUUUUGCUAGGUAAGGCCAUUGCUCGUAUAAUAUUGAGCAACAAAUAGAUAUACAGUGUAUGAAACAUGCUCUUAUGCUCUUAGUGUGGUCUUUUGGGUAUUACAGCACCAGCAACUUGAAACGCCACAAAAGCUCCCUCUUAUAUUAUGUUGAGGCCUUCUUAGAGAGGGGUAUAGGUGUGAAUGUAGUUGAAAGAGCCAUUAUAGUUCAUUAUAUUUACAUUGAAUAUAAUUAUGGGAUUAGUUGAAGCGUGCAUGACAUCCUGCUGCCUCCGCUGGUGAUUAACCUUUGUCAUUGCCUUAGUGUUUGGACUAAAUUAUCAAUCCUUAGUUUACUUAUUUGGUGUAUGGUCCACUUGCUUUGGAUGAACCCCUGCAGAUGCUCAUGGGGAAGAAAUGACUGACAAAGCCCCAAGAACAUCUACAUGGGAGGCUACUUUGGAUGCCAUAGGGUCAUAAAUUGAGAAAGAAAAUUUAGCUUGUCUGUAAAUGAAUGUAUGGACCUUGAGCUUGCUUGACAAGACAUAUUUUGUACACUGAUAAUUGCUUUAAUUUGUUAUCAUCAAUCAUGGAAGGUGUCUUAAAGCCAGAUGAGAAUGGACUGUCCUAUGCGUCUCUCUCCUGCCCCUCCCUCAUCAUGUCCAUAUUGCAGUACUGCCCUGACUGUAAACAGCAUGCCCAGUUUGUGGAGACAUUGAUGCGCUACAAAAGUAAUGUUUGCCUUGAUAUUCUUGCCGUGUUGGCUUAUGGUCCUCAGCCAGUAAUCAAUUCUGCUGGACAGGUUCUACUCCAUUACUAUCCACUCAAGGAUGUUGGUAUGUUUGGUCAUUAUGAGACACCUUUUACAAAUUAUGCAUGUAGAUUCCAAGACAAGGAUAGACUACAAGUAGUCCCACAUUUUUCCUCAGGGAUAGUAGAAUGAAAAUGUGUAAUGCGAAAAUCACCCCCAUGCGAGAAGGCAUGAAUCGUGUGGGGUGAUUUUGUCAUUUUGUUUCGCUCUAUCCCUGGAAAAACCUCUUAGUCUAAGACAAGGACGAUUACGAGGACAAAAUUUUUUUCAUCACUAGUAAUGCGCAUGCAUGAAUCAGUGUCAUUUCAGUGUCGCAGUGGCGGAAACAAGCUUAAUACCAAACGUUAGAAGUUUCAUCAUUUUGCUUUUGGGGGAGGGUUUAACAUCCUUCAAUAAAAAUAACUGUGCUAACUCGUCUGGUGAAAAAGUACAAAAAAGCUUUCCGGGGUACAUGUAUAGUUUUUGAGAAUACGCGUUCUCAUAGUCAUCCUCGAAUCUAAAGGUCUUAAUUAUCUCUUUUUUAAAUUUCCAUUUGUCUUAAGGUUUUAGCUGAUAUUACAGUAAUUGUGUUUUAAAAAGAAUGGUGAUGGAUCUGCCUAAAGUUAGGCUUAAACUGUUUUGAAGUCAAAUAUAGGACAAGAAAAAAACUUGAAACGUAGGUUUUAGUAACCCCCUAUUAAUUUAUACCAAACCCAAUUUCUUUUCACACUCAUAUUCUCUAAUUUUACGCCUGAUUUUUUGAACCAGUAAUUUUCCUUUCACUGUAGUCGGCUAAAUCAACAAUUCACAAUGUUUUCAUUUUGGUCAUCAGCAUCAUUCAAUAUAUCCAUUGCUAAUAAAUUUCAGUUCUUGGAAAUGGCCGCAGAAAGUGACGAACAUUUUAUUCAUACCACGAUCACUGACUAUGUCAGUUCAGUGUUUUAGCAAUUUUUAGAAUCAAUUUACCAAUCUCUUAUUGGACGGUUUAGUGUGUAGUAUAGUGGGAUAUUUUUACUCGUGUUCUAUGUUUUGACUGCCCUACGGUCUCGCCAAAAAACAGCGUGACCCGUAAAAAUGUCCCACGAUACUACACACUAAACGGUCAAGUAAGAUAUAUUUAUCUGACCUACAAGUAUGGAGGUCUUCUGAAAUCUAAGUCUAAGUUCAAACCAGCACUGAGAAAUGACCUUCCUAUAAAAAAAAAAAUACUGUAUUCAUAUCAGUUUUUGGUCUUGGAUCCAUGGCGAACGUUUUUUUGCCAGUUGAACUCCAUACUCGCUCAGGUCUACAUGCGGCAGUAGAUUAGAUUAUUGAAGCUAGCAUUCCUUUGUAGCUCUGCAGUUAGACCUUUCUAUUUGCACUUUAAGGUGGAGCUGAUGAUUGGCAGUUUGUGUACGAGCCAUGGCACCCCGCUAAUUGUCAAAACGUUGAGUGCGCAGUUCCUCACAAAAACACGCCCACAAGUAUCUGCUUAGAUGCCUCAUAUGCCGCAGGACAGUGUUCCUCAUCACCGCCUGUGUUUAUUUGUGAGAAAUGCGCUGCCUUAGCUGCUCAAGAUAUUCCUGACAAAUCACUGAUCAUGAGAAUCAUUCAGCCAAUGGGAAAGAUGCGCACAACAUGUGAAACGAAGGAGUGCAAAGGUCAAGGGAAACCUUGCAGUGUGAUGUGCUUUUCUUAUGAAUGCGUCAAAGAUAACAGGUAUUAAUUUGUAAGUUUCCCCCCGUUGCCAGUUCGCCCUCACCCCCCUGCCUCCUCCCCUCUUCCCCGGUUUUCCUGCUGGUCCACCAACUUUGACCCGUGAACUAAGAGUUGAAUAAUUUGUGCUGACUUUAAAUAAAUCAAGUGGAGAGGACACGUACUGUUGUCCCCCUACCCAUCAUGCAAUGUGUAUGGGAGAAGAGGGUGGGGAGUGAACUUGCUGAAAGAAAGCGACGAAGAACUUUGGCUUGUCAGUGUUUACUGUUAGGUAGAAAAUGAUUUUCAUGCGGAAUUAUAUUUGCAACAAAAUCGUAAACAUGCUCUUGACAAAAUCCCCGAAAUGUUUUUAAAUUGUGAACAAAAUUCCUACCGAUUGACGUUUUUAUUUUACAAAAAGUUACUUUUUUCAAUUUAUCCAACUGAUUUGGUAAAUAGCAAAACAACUAUCCCCCUCAGAGUCUGUUAACAGCGCUAGAUAUAUACCUCGACGUCUCGGUAUAUACCACUAUCCACCUCUCUUUUGGGGGAUAGUUGUAUACUAUUCUAACUAAAUUAUGUCAGGGGCACCCAACGAGGAUAUAGUUCAAAACCACUAAACAUAGCAUUGUUGAACGUAUUUUAGUACUCAAACGGUAGAUAUAGGCAUAUUUUUAUCACCUAAAAACUUUUCAUCUGUUCGGAUUUCCUAGCUGAAAGUCUAGUGAUCCGAAAAUUAUAGGGAUCAAAACUUACCUUUUCGAAAAUUUCAUGGCCUUUUUUAGGGUAAAUAUCCGUUUAAAAUGGGUAAUUAUACCAUUUUGUAGAUGUUCGAAAAUCCUAGGAGAGGCAGGCAAGCAAGAAAUUUUACAACAAAUGUUCCGAAAAUUCUAGAUCUCAAAUCGUCUUCCGAACAGAUAUUUUCCCGAAAAUUGCCGUUGGGUGCCCCUGUUCUGUACAAAAUUAAACGUUCAAACUGGUAAUGACAAGGAAUCCUAUAUAGAAGUCGGGAGCUUAUACACGAUAGGCUUCCUGGAACUCUAGGGUAAACCACGUGAGUUAAGGGUACUGACACCAUUUUUACUUUUUUUAAAAUUUGUGUUGCGAAUGACCUAUCGGUUGCUUAUCUCGAUCGAUAUAAGUUUUUCUGGUAAUAUUUUUCAGGCUGAGAGCUUUGACCAUGUGUCAGGAAUGCCAUAUACGCUAUCACACCGGUGAAGGUGGAUAUAACCACGUGACACAGAAUUUGUUCCCAGACCCCUGGACUCUGGAUGGGCCUGACCAAGCCUACCCUACAGAGGCGGUGAUUCGUCUGUUAGGAGAAGCACAGCCAAAUCAGAAGGCGAGGAAUGAUGCUAUGGGGUAGGUUGCACUUUGACAUACGUGUAAAUGUAUGCAGUUUGUUCGAAAAACUGUGAAAGGUUUGAUUGAACCCAGGGGUCAUUUGAUAAGUAGGUUGAACAUGAUCGUCCGGGUGAACGUAGUCCUUAUUAGGACUUUUGUUGGUAGUGACGUAGAAGGUCCCAAUGUAAAUAGAUUCUUACACUUGCGAUUCCUUGACCCUACAGCGAAGAUCUUUUAAGAGCCUUCCACCUUUAUGGUGUCUCUUUCAAUGGCGCUGAAGUACUCAGUCAAGCAAGAGCCAAAAGACCAUUGCACUUUCUUCAUAGUCGCAUACGCUUUAAGUCUUUCUAAUGACAACCCGAAUCAGCCGCAUAGAAGUACCGUGUACCGUUUUUAUAAAGUUGAGAAGCAAGUUUUUAAUGAGAGGUUGAAAGUAACAACCCAGAAAAAAAAAUAAACAAAAAGUAGAUUCACCUCAAAACGAACUUGAGUACGCGGUGAACAAUGACGAAGGGAAGUAGAUUAUGUGUUAAACACAUAUUAAUUUUCUGAAUAAUAGCGUUACACGUUCGUGUGGAAGGAACGGGUGACAUACAAGGUCUGCCUAACGGACCCUAAGAUGACCUUUUUAAAACCGGGCCCAUUACAAAUCCCUCAGAAGAUCUGAGGGGUGGUUCUUUUGCGGCUCUGUUUUAUGUAUUGCGUUUCCUACUAACCAAUGUUCUUUGAAAUUUCGAAACCAGCUUAUUGUCAUUGUAUCCCCCCGACAGAAAUGAGCUCGUGAAGCAGAUAAUAUUUAUCCUUUUAUAAUUAGCCUUGUCACAUCAGGUUCUGUUUGUCUUUGUUUUACCAGGCUAGUUCAAGGAAAACUUGAAGACGAUGAGUAUGAAGACGACGUCGACAACGACAUUAACAAUCGUCGCAUGCUUAGCAGAUUUGGAGUCUGGCUUCUGGUUGGUGUUUGCAGUGAGCCCGCGAGAUGUGAAUCGGCGGAGCGGUUGGGUCGAUUAGUAUCUAUGGUGCUGUCGUGGAUCGAGACAACCUCGACACUGAGACGAGACUAUGUGGGAGAGUUGCUGAAACGGCUCACAAGUCAGUAUGUUUGCCGCUGGCUCUUGCAGGUUCGAGACAGUAAGUCAGAGUUGCUCUGCGCAUGCCUAGCACCUGAUCCUCCGGCAUAUGUGA